AUGAAUGGAAUGAUCUCAUUCGGAUUUUCCAGCAUCAGAUCCUAUUUGUGACGAGCAGCGGUGUAUAUAAGGGUGUCACUGUCAUUUACUUCACAGGGCCUGUGACCAGCGAGACCGUGACUGCAGAACCUGCCUGGCUAGACUAUUUUUAUAGGUAUUUCAUCAAGGGGCCAAGGAAAAUGAACUUUUUCGCGCUGUUUGCCUUUGUGGUCGGUGUAACCGUGACUACUGGCCAAACAACUCCUAACUGCGCACGCCUGCUGGAUGUGAUCGCUGUUGUAGAUGGUUCUGACAGCAUCCAGGUGAAUGAUUUCGACACUCUGAAAAACGCGCUUGUCAAUCUGACGAACUUUCUUGAUAUUGGGACUGCAGGACCGAUGUUCGGCGCCGUUAUAUAUAGCUCUACCGUCACUGCUACAGCUCCCCUCAGUACGGACAGUGCACUAUUGCAAAGUCAGAUACUGGCAUUUGUCCUUCCACAGGACGGAACAAACACACACCUUGGAAUCGCUGAAAUGACACGAAUGAUGCAGGAGUAUGGUCGGAAUGGUGUUCCCAAAGUUGGCAUCGUCAUCACCGACGGAAGGUCCAAAGACCCUGCAGCGACAAUCGUAGAAGCUGCCAAAGCCAGAGCCAACGGUAUCGAGAUGCUUGCUAUUGGAGUCGGUACUGUUAUUGACAUGUCGGAAUUGAAAAAUAUUGCCUCAUCUGAUGACCAAGUCAAGAGCAUUUCCGAUUUCAAUGAAGUAAGCGCAAGCGUUCUGGAUUUGGUGAAGUUAGUUUGCAAAGUUGAUGGAAACUGGACUGAGUGGACGGUUACAACCGGUGCAUGUUCAGCGUCGUGUGGAGGAGGAUCUAGAACCAUAUCCAGGACCAGGACCUGCACCGACCCUGAACCCAGCAACGGCGGAGCGGACUGUGUGGGAUCAGACAGAGAAGAUUAUACAGAGACUUGUAACACUGAAUGUCCAGUUGGUGAUCCAUGCGAUGGGUGUCGGUAUGACAAUGGUGUGGGGUACAUGCGUGACGAGACGGACUGUGCCCGUUAUUACCAGUGCGUGCGACCUGGGACAACCGUUUCAUCCCACCACAGGACCUGUCCCCCUGGUCUUUACUGGAACCAAGGAGUCCUGGUUUGUGAUUGGCCGGCUAACGUCCAAUGUACCGCAGGAAGUGUAGCUGCCACAGCCUCCACAGUGCAAAUUACCGUACCUUCAGCCUGCGAUGGCUCAAUCAGGGGUUCGUCUGGGGAUCAGGCGAAGUAUGAGAAACUUGACCAUGGUAUUUGGACUGAAAUGCCCUGUCCUCCAGGAACUACAUACUCGAGCACCAUUUGCACCUGCAUCAGUGACGGGUUAAUAUUGGCAGCAGGUUGUAAGCCUGACUUGUACCUCCCGUUCAACGGCACCGUCCAGGACUAUUCCGGCUACAACGUCGCAGUUCAGAACGUUGGUGUUACUGCUGUCUCCGGCUAUGGCAUCUUCAACAACAACAUCCAACUCCGCAUCCUGCGUUUCUCCAACAUGGAUUUCGGCAACGUUCUGGUCAUCUCUUUCUUGUUCCGACAAACUCAGGCCACGAGCAAGGCUCAGGCUAUCGUCACCAACGCCGACUGCGAGGAGGCGGGCAGCAUCUACAUCACCACCAACACGUCAACAGUCUCCUUCCGUGUCAUCAACGACGGUAACGUCACACAUGAAUUGUCCGUGUCUUACUCAAACACCGCCGCCAUGAACAGUGUCAAGUUGACGGUAAACAAUAACUUGAUGAAAGCUGAAGUUAACAGUGCCUACGACCAAAGAACGUUCUCUGGCAACAUCAGACGGAGCCAGUGUGCGAUCCAAGUGGGUCAUGGGAAUGGUUAUGACUUCUUCCGUGGUCAACUUGAUGAACUGAAGGUGUAUACAUGCAUCCCUACCCCUCUGCUGACCAAGUAAAGCAGCUGGAGGAUGUUGCCCUCACACUUUUAACUACUUCGUAGUAGCAUAUUUUACAUCAAUAUGAUUAUAUACCCAGUUAAACUACACGAACAGUGUAGUUUACAUGUCCACUGUGUGUUGUACAUAGUGCUAUCUAUAUUUACUAAUGCACAAACUAUUACUUAUAAGUUGUUCAAUAUUAAAGCGAUCUUGCAAUA